GUCUGUGAAAAAACUUUCGGUUUUGUCUAGUUCAUUGCCAGAAGCUGAGAGAUAUCUUUCAUUUUUGCUGUGUGAAAAUUUUCGCGCGGCGCUGUGAAAUUUUCGACUAAAAAUGAUUAGGCAAUCGGUUUUUUUGCUUGCGGCUAUUGGGGCUACCGUUUUUGCACAGAAUGACUCAUUCGACCUUGUGGAUGCGAACAAUGAUGGAAAGCUGUCCGAGAAGGAACUAAUCACUUUUAUGAGGAAGCGAGGAAGGCCUGAUGGGCAAGAAUACUUCCAACGCUUCGAUUUGGACCGUAACGGGCACUUGGAUAUUUCUGAGUUUGUGCCAUUGGUCUAUGAGAUGAGCCGGCGGCCAGUUGACAUGGAUUAUGAGUUCUUCAAAAAAAUGGACUUGAAUGAUGAUGGAAUUGUGGAUAAGGCUGAGGUGGAGAAGAUCAGAAAGGAUAAUAAUGAUAGAAUUAUCGACGGAAUCCUCUCAAUCGCCGACACUAACAGAGAUGGUCAGCUCACUUAUGCCGAGUUCAAAAACCACCUGAGCAGCGGAGCCAAGAGCCUGAGCCCAGCCGAGGAGCAAAGAAACCAGGCUCUCCAGCUCCUCAGCUUUAUUGACGCCAACGGUGAUAACAAGUUGGACCAGUUGGAGCUUUACACUUUCUCACAGAAAACUUCCACUAAUAAGGUCACCAAAUCCGAUGUCCAGCAAAUUUUCGCAAUGCUCGACAAGAACCAGGACGGUUAUUUGACCGAAAACGAGUUGCUCCAACUUGCACAGCAAUUUUCAACAAUCGGAAAUGUCAGAUCAACAAUUCCAAAGGUUUAGAUAAAGAAUGAAAAACGAUAAUAUUUCUUUAAUUACCGUGAAAAAUCUCAUUUUUUUUGUGUAUAUUUGAUUGAAUUUGAAUAAAUAAAUAGAUUUUAUUUUU